AUGACGCGACCCAACGUCCGCCGGAAGUGCAGGGCGCUCCAGGGACCCGGCGGCCUCGGCGUCUGCUGUCCAGAGCUUCGAGAACUGGGUGCUGCAGCGCCACACUGGAGUGGCUGCACCGCCGCCGAGAUCAUGGUGUUCUACUUCACCAGCAGCAGCAGCAGCGGCAGCGUUAACUCAUCUGCUUACACUAUUUACAUGGGAAAGGAUAAAUAUGAAAAUGAGGAUCUAAUAAAGUAUGGCUGGCCUGAAGAUAUUUGGUUUCAUGUGGACAAACUCUCUUCGGCUCAUGUAUACCUUCGAUUACAUAAGGGGGAGGACAUAGAAGACAUUCCAAAGGAAGUGUUGAUGGACUGUGCCCAUCUUGUGAAGGCCAACAGCAUUCAAGGCUGCAAGAUGAACAACGUUAACGUGGUAUAUACACCGUGGUCUAACCUGAAGAAAACAGCUGACAUGGAUGUGGGACAGAUAGGCUUUCACAAGCAAAAGGACGUGAAAAUUGUGACAGUGGAGAAGAAGGUGAAUGAGAUCCUGAACCGAUUAGAAAAGACCAAAAUGGAGCGGUUCCCAGACCUAGCAGCAGAGAAGGAAUGCAGAGACCGUGAGGAGAGGAAUGAGAAAAAAGCCCAAAUUCAGGAAAUGAAAAGGAGAGAAAAGGAAGAGAUGAAGAAGAAGAGGGAAAUGGAUGAACUUAGGAGCUAUUCAUCACUAAUGAAGGUUGAGAAUAUGUCUUCAAAUCAGGACGGCAAUGAUUCAGAUGAAUUCAUGUGAAUGGAGAAAUGGACCUUUUAAAGAUGCGAAUUUAGGGACGUUGCAGACGUUUUAAUUUCAUCCAUGUUCUGAGUUACAAA